GGAGGAAACCUCAUCAUUCGACGUUUACGCUAAGGGCGCCAUGUCACCUCACCAAAAUGGCACUCCUGCCAUAAUCACGAAUUUUAUUUUUACGCCAAAGUGCGACAGUAAUGUUUCUUUCGCAUUCACCUGCUUUCCUUUUCCUGCCAUUUUGAUCGCUCCUCUCUUUUCUUUUCGUUGCUCCACUACGCUUUUUCCCAACGCGUUAUAAUAGCAACCCCAGAAAAUAACCCACUUUUCGUGCCGUACAAAUAAGGGAAAAUGCUGACGCGUCAAAAAGAACGAGCGGACCAUUUUUCAGAGCAACCAAAUGUGAAUUAGCAAACAUGCUAGAUGGGUAGUGGGCAUGAAAAAGGGGACUUCACAAAAAUAGAAAGCACGUUGAGGAGCCCCUUGUCGUAGUUUUUUCGACCAAACUGACUGACAUCCUGAGGAACGCCCAUUUUAAUCCUCCACCGCAACCACCGCUAACCACACUGAACACAAUGGAGAACCUGUACAAUGACAUGGAAGAAUAUGGCAAGAUAUGCCAACUGUACACCGAGAAAAAACAAAAAAGAGAAAAAAAAGCGAACAACAUUAAUGACCUAGUAGAUGAAGACAUACUAUGGAUGUACGAAACGAAGGAAGAGAAGGAGGCCAAGGAACAGGAAGAAUAUUUGUUGGGGAAAAAAAUUGAUAUGCAAAAGUUAAUCGAAGAAGAGGAAGAAGCCAAGAAGGAAAUCGUAAAACAAAAAAAUAAUAUAGACCAUUUGAAUAAAAUCAGAGAAGAUCCACUAACUAUUAUUAAAAAAAUGGAAUUUCAAAAGAAGAAAAUGAUGGAUGAACAAAAGAGACUCUUGCAGUUGCAGCGCGCUAGGGAAAUGCCCGAAGCGAAGGCGAUAAAUAGACAAGGCGGCAAAUCAGGCAGCAGCUCUUCAAGUGAAGAGGACGUCGUGCGAUCGAGAGAAAAGGAGAAAGACAGGAAGAAAAGAAGGAAGGAAGAAAAAAGAAAGGAGGAAAGAAAAAGGGAAAAAAGACGAGAGGAAAAAAGAAGGAAAGAAAAGAGUAAGGAAAAAAGGGAAAGAAAGAGAGAAAAGAGACGAAAAGAAAAAAGAAAACAUAAAAAGGAGGGGAAAGAAAGACAGGUCAACUCAGAUUCAGAGUCCGAAUCGGAAGAGGAAAAGAAAAUGAGAAAAUCGAGAAAGAGGGAGCGCGAGAGAGGUGAUGAAUCGGAGAAGGAAAUGAGAAAGGCGGGAAAGAGGGAGCGCGAGAGUAGUGAUGAAUCGGCAAAGGAAAGAAGGCGACGGCGAUGGGAACGGUCGCGAGAAAUAGAUGAACAUAGGGACAGGCAAAGAGACACCGAACGAGAGAGAAAAAGGUGGAGAAACGAACGCUGA